AUGGCGCGCCGAGAGGGGGGAGGGGAGGGUCACCCAAGUUCCACGUGUUGGCGGCAGGCGGUUGGCCGAAAGGAAACCUGCUCUUCCUUUCGUUCCCUUGCCUCUGAACCGAACCGAACGAGCUUGCUUGCUUGUGGACGUAGCAGCGGGCGGCAAGCGAUGAUUCGUACCAGCCCAUCUCCAAAUGUCGACUCGCAGGCCAUCGGCACUCUCCCCCCCUCCCCUCAAAUCGUUCAAUUGGGUGUUGACCCUGUUGACCCUGUUGACCAGGAAGGUCAACGGCUUCUUUGGCGCCUCGCACCACAGGCUGCCAGGCUGCCAAGCCAGGCUCAGGACCGCAUGGGCAGCCAACGGACGCAUCUGACAACUUACAAGUCUGCUCUGGCUAGGCCAGCAAACCACCCGCAAACUAUUGACCCAUCCACGAGGUAG